AUGAAGGGCGCCCUGAUGUCUCCAGUGGUGAUGGUCGCCCUUGUUGCUAGAGCCUGUUGGAGCGAGUGCUUGGCCGAUGAGACUUGCAGUGGAGAGCCAGACAUGGCGGAACUGCUGCAGGCCAAGGCCAGCGUCCAGGCCAACAUCCAGAGAGAACUCGUCCAGGAGAUGACUCGCCGCGAGAUGAUCAAAGUUGCGGCCAAUCACACCUGUGCAGAAGCUUGCGGCAUGUUGGGUGGAUUGUGUCUCUCCAGCUCCUCCAGCCAACCCUGCGAGCGCCGCCUUGCAGACGGGGAUAAGGCAUGGGCCUGCUCGUGCGACAUCUCUGUCGGGCUCCUUGACGCUGGCCCGUACAAGCCAGAUCCGAGUGCAAAGCUGUCAGCAUCCCCGUUCCUUAUGACCCACGACUCAGCGACGGGCUACAUCGGAGACAGGGACUUCAUCAAGCGUCUCUUCGCGCAGGCUCAGUUUGUGAACCUCAAGGUUCAGUUGGACUGUGGGGCUCGCGCCUUUGACCUGCGGCUGGUGCAACAUGAUGGCAAGAUAUACUUUCACCACGGAGAAACUCCUGUUGUCAAUUGGAUGUCGGACCAGACGCUGCCCGAAGAACUGCCGGGACUAGUUGGCUGGGCUGGCGAACACCCUGACGAGUUCGUGAUCAUCUCGGUUAGCCACUGCGCUCACAAAUACCUAAUCAAGUACGAUCGAAAACAUUGCACUGACGAAGAGUUUGUCAAGCCAUUCACGGAUGCAGGAGUUGCCUUUGAGUCGGACUGCGACAAGCUGCGCAGCAUGACCCUUGCUGAUGCAAUGGCUGCCAGUGCCUUGAGCAACGGGGGCACAUGGUUGCCAUCUAUGGCGACUGCGUGA